AUGGAAGUGCGACGGGACCCUCGGUCUUUUCUUUUCUUUAUCAUCCUACUACUACUCAUCAACUCGCCGGAACCGCAGCAACCGACGUUCAACGUGCAUGCGCGCUUCAAGGAGCUCAUCGCGCGCGAAUAUGGCCACCUCGACAUACUAAACAGGACGCGGUAUGGUGACUUCAAUGUAAAGAAGAAUCGAUGGUUGAACGUGACUGGGCUGCGAGAGGAGGAUGGCUUUGCGUGGGAGUUGUUGGAUCCGGUGCGGGAGCGGGCGAGACAACAGUCGGAACGAUGGCUGGGUGAGCGCUGGCAGGGUGCGCUUGAUGGAUCAUUAGAAGGGCAGGAAGAGAGUAUACCGGUCUACAAGAACCUUUCUGGCUACGUGCAGGGUGAAUGGACGCGCUCGCCCCUGAGUCGCAUACGACAUCCCAGCGACAUGGGCAACUCGUCGGUCAUUCCUAGCGACCCGUUUGGACAUUUGGUCGAAUACGAUCGGAACCUCACAGGAACUGGCGGACCGCUGCGGUUACACAUUACAGAGCUGGAAGACAAGAUGCGGAGGAAUGAAAAUAAAACCAUGUCUGAAAUCAGCGCGAAGGUGGUGAUCGGAGAUGACGACAGUUUUGGAGGCAAUUGGUGGGAGUUUAUUGUGCAUGGUGUACACUUGACAAAGAGUGGGACGGCGAUACUGACGACGACAAGUGAUCGGUAUGCGGGCAUCUUUGCUUUGCCACAUUUACAAUCGUCGCAGUAUCAUUACUCCUUGUCGCAGAGUUUCCUCAAUUGGACGAUCCACGAGACGAUCAAGCGGCAAGAGAACAGAGUGUUUCCGCUGUGGAAUCCGUGGACCUCCUCGGCCGAGGGGAGCAAUGAAGCCAUCUUCCAAGGACAUCACUGCGAGUUCGUCUUAUACCUGCAAGAGAUACCGAGUCAGUAUAAGGUGGACAUGGACUGGCUCGAGCACGAGAUGCGAUACCCAACUGGAGCAUCAAUCAAACAACAUGCGCCAUUCUCCAUGUCCUUUGUGGGCUUCUCACCUGACUGUGGCUUCGUCAUCGAGUCGAAAGGACCUCCAGACUUCCCACCUUCGGAAGCAGCACAUCUGAGUGGAUCCAAGACCGAGGACUUCAACGAACGGACGAGACAUAGCAUCAUCGCCUUCUCUGUCACUCUAGCGUUCCAAUUGUCUUUUCUCAUCCAGCAAAUGAAGGAGACGGCCACACCAUCGAUGCGCAGCCGAGUUAGCUUCUACACCAUCGCAACGAUGGCUUUAGGCGAUGGCUUCACAUUUCUCAUCCUGGUGUUCAUGUACCUUUUCCUUGGCUCUUCCCAGCUUGCCUUGUACAGCAUUGCAUUCAUGGCCCUAUUCUCUGUGCUCACGCACCUCCGCUUCCUCAUGGACAUUUGGUCAGUUCAAGCUGCAGAGCGGGCACGGUUAGAACGACAGACAAUACCAGCUCCUUCUCCUGCCCCAGCAACUCCCGCUAUUACUACAUCGACUCGAUCUGCAGUCCCUGCAUCUGCUGUUCAAGGUCUCCCCCUCCCAGCAACAGCUUCUCGGCUGCAGCCCCGGCCACCAACACCCAUUAUUAUCGCACCAGAUCAAGACGACCCCUUGGAUGACGAAACACCCUUACCGACAACCAACACAGCCACUACCACAACAACGGUAACAACGACAACACAAACAAACGCGAAUCCUCGCGCCGAACUCGGUGCCCUUUACAGCCGUUUCUGCCUCCUGCUAAUCGUUCUCUUCUUCGUCACCAUACAAUUCGCGACCGCGCGCGCCACUUACCGCACUUUCUACUUCAACGCUCUCUCCUUCACUUACCUCUCUUUUUGGCUCCCGCAAAUCUACCGUAACGUCAUGCGCAACUGCCGUAAAGCCCUACGCUGGGACUACGUCAUCGGUACAUCACUCGUUCGCAUCGCCCCAAUUUCGUACUUCUACUUGAAGGAAGACAAUGUGCUCUUUGCGCGCACAGAUUGGCAGUGUUUUGCAGUGCUACUGGGGUGGAUGUGGAUUCAGGUCGUCAUUCUAUGCAGUCAGGAGGUACUAGGAGCAAGGUGGUUUGUGAGAAGUGGAUGGGCGCCCGAGGCGUGGGAUUACCAUCCUAUUCUCCGUGAGGAUGCGGAAGGCGGGAUGAUGCCGUUGAACGUUACCAUGCCCACUGGUUCUACCACCACCGACGACCAUGCCUCCUCUUCUUCUGCAACAUCGACAAAGUCACCCGAAACCAAAGACAAACGCACAAACAAAAAGGUCUUUGACUGCAGUAUCUGCGCGCAGGACAUCGAGGUUCCGGUGAUUCCCGCAGGCGCGGGUUCCGGAACCGCAGACGAAGGCGUGGCCGGUAUGGCGGGCACGAGUAUGAUAUUGCAGCGUAGAAUGUACAUGGUUACGCCGUGUAGACAUGUUUUCCACACGCCUUGUUUGGAGGGCUGGUUGAGGUAUAGGCUUUUAUGUCCAAACUGUAGGGAAAGUUUGCCGCCGCUUUGA